UUUGGCUCAAUAUAAACCGGAAAUAGAAAUUUAAAUAUAACAAUUUUUUUCGACUGGCCUAUCUUGUCUUGGAUUGUAACUGUUGUUUCGGUUUUGAAACUAACUAAAGAAAAUGCCACCAGUCGGACAAAACCUUGACUUCAGCUCUCUCAGUGACCAAGAAUUAUCCCAGAUGUUGAAAGAUUAUGGAGUUGAUGUUGGCCCAAUCAAUGGGGCUACAAGAAAAACAUAUGAACGCAAGUUAAUAAAGCUAAAAACUGGUCUGGACUCACCACCCUCUCAUCAGUAUGAUCCAGUAGAUGAAGAUGAUGAUGACGAAGAUGAAGUGGUUCAAAUCAGGCAACCUGUUCUUGAGAGAACUCCAGUCAUGUCCAGAUCUGAGACAUCAGAAACAACACGCAUGAGAAGAGACAUCCCAGAAGCCUACACCCCCAGAAUGGAAAGUAGACCAACCCCAGAAACCUACUCCCCCAGGAUAGAAAGUAGACCAACACUCUCCAGCUCACGCAGGACAACAGUCUCCUACACCCCAGCCACAGAUGUGCAGACAGAACGCACUGAAAGGUCUAAAGAAAGAACAAGUGGUGGAAUUCCAACAUGGGUGAAGAUUGUGGGUGCUGUUGUCAUUCUCAUCCUGAUAUUUCUCAUCUACUCCAACAUGGAACCCACCGCUGUAAACCAGAUCCCCACCAUAACAAACAAAGUGGAAGUCUAGUCAGCAUUUAUAUGGAAAAAGGAGAAGCUGCUUAAAGACUUUUAUUUAUAACACCAACGCUCUUUUUUUUUAAACUUAAAUAUUUUUUUAUGCUAUCUAAUGUUUUCAAUGAAAAUAAAAAAUACAUAGUGUUCAAAUUUUAAACCAAGCAGAGAUUAUUGAAUUUCAUGUUCACACUGAACAACAAUACUUGGGUGGCUUAUGUUUAAAUUAUAUAUUUGUAAAGAUUAGUAAUCAAUUUGAUACCACUUAACAUGUGUUUAAAAAUUUC